CACGUCAGUGGUGUGUCGCUUCAAGCUGUCAAGUAGCAGAGUGAGUUCAGCAAACCAGCUAUAACUCAAUGGAGGAGGCUUUCUGUGCAUUGUAAAGAAUAAUAAUUUAAGUUUUCUUCCACCAUGAGACACCCUUGUCUUUUAAUUUUGGCUGUGUACAUAGCCUUUAUAAAUGCCACCGAAUUAACGUUUGAAUUGCCCGAUAACGAGAAACAAUGCUUUUACGAAGACCUAGAGCAAGGAGUCAAGUUUGAUAUAGACUUUCAGGUAAUUGCUGGAGGAAACUAUGAUGUUGACUGUUUUGUGACAGAUCCAGUGAAUAACAUGCUGUAUCAGGAACGAAAAAAGCAAUAUGACAGCUUUUCCCAUACAACAACCAUGAAGGGAGUGUACAAGGUCUGCUUCAGCAACGAGUUCUCGACCUUCUCUCACAAAACUGUAUACCUGGACUUCCGAACUGGAGAGGAUGCCAGAUUAUUGCCUGACAUGAACGGAGCGACAGCUCUCACACAGAUGGAGUCGGCCUGCUUGUCUAUCCAUGAGAUCCUGAAAGUGGUUUCAGACUCUCAGACCUGGUAUCGUCUUCGAGAGGCUCAGGACCGACUCAGGGCUGAAGAUCUGAAUGAGCGUGUGCACAUUUGGUCCAUUGGGGAGGCCAUCAUCCUGUUUGUGGUCUGUAUUGGCCAGGUGCUUAUGCUUAAGAGUUUCUUCAAUGACAAGAAAGCCAGUGUUGCCACCAGCACAUAGGCCUAGAUCUAGAUCUCUAGUUUGCUGUCUUCUCUCCUUGAAGAUAAUCUGCUGAUUUAUUAGUCUGAUCCCCUUAAAACAAGAAGUCUUGACUGUUGCCUACAUCUAAUAAAAAAUAACCUUGAUGUCAAACAAAAUGCCUUAAUUACAGAGUCAUGUACUAAAAGCUGCACAGAGUCUAUUAUCUUGUGUUGUAUAUUUAAAUUGGCCUCUAUGUGCAUUGAUCACUGUUGCAGUAAUGGUAAUUAACCUGCUGCACCUUUAUAAUGCCACAUCUUACUGUUUUUGGUUUGUACCAGUGUUGUUUGUUUUGUUAAAAUUGUACUUUAUCCACUUGAAGUGUGCCUUUGUCAACUUUAAAUGCAUAUGUCUUAACAUACCUUUAUAGAAAACAAAGAAUAGUUUUGGUAGUUUUUGUAUGGUAACUAUAACGAAAUGAUAAUGAAUGAUUAUGUUGUUGAGGUAAACCUCUAUUUUUCUAUUUAGCAAAGCCCUUCUUUGUUUAUCCCACAUGCAAAAGGGAAAAUCCAUGCAGGUGAUUUAUAUGUAUAGAUAUAGAUAUAUCUGGCAAACUAUAAAAAAUAUAAAUUUUCCUUUCAUCUCUUAAAGGGGUCAUGAAUUGAGAAAUCAAAUUUUAUUUGAUCUUUUGACAUGUUAGAGGUCAUUGUACUAUAAAAAAAUACUGCAGGUUUCAGAACUCAAAUCUUCCUCGUUAGUCCAAAAACAGCUUUUAUUGAAACCCUGCUCCGAAAACGCCUACUUCUACAUCAUCGUAUCUUUGGCCCUGCCCACCGGCGCAUUACUGAGACGAGAAUAGAGAUACAGAAUCACUGGACUAAAAACAACAUUACCUUGCUAAGGA